GGAUUUGGUGAUUCGGUGGUUGUAGAAGAGGUUGAUGUCUUAGCCAGCAAAAAUUUAGGGCUAAGUUUGAGAUCAGAAUUUUUGGUGUUGUGCCUGGUUCCGAGAGCGGUAACCUUCGGACGCCGUCGUCUGAUGCUUUAUUACUCAACCAGGUGUUGCCCUGUGAGACUUGUUGCGGGCAUUGGAAAGAUGAGGUGACAAUUCCCUCUAAAUGCCUCUGCCUUAACAUCUGCCCAAGGCUACUCGUGGACUUGGUGUCUGGGCUCCAGACAUGAGCAGAGUGGCCUCUCAGGAGAUAGCUGGCAAGUACGGCUUGUGUGGAACAUCACGGGGUAGUGGCGAUGGCGGUGGUAGCGGCAAUGAGCCCAGCCUCCAGCGGCAACUGGAGGAGCUUAAGCGUAAGCUCAAGGAGGACAUGCGCAAGGAGCUGAAGAUCAAGGAGGGGGCUGAAAACCUGCGCAAGGCAACUACCGACCGCAAGAGCCUGGCCCAUGUGAACUCUAUCGUAAAGAAAGCCAAUUCACGCCUCAAUGACUUGCAGCGGCAACUCAGUGACCUCACAGCUGAUAUUCUGGUCACCCAGGGACAUCCGUCACCGGAAAUUGUGCAGCCACUUUCGACGGACUCCUUCUAUGGUGACAAGGGGGAUGUGCCACUUUCAACCACAGACCAACGGCUGCAUUCGCUGGAGAAGCAGCUGAAUAUUGAGGUGAAAGUAAAGCAGGGUGCUGAGAACAUGCUGCAGAUGUACAGCUCGGGCCCUUCCAAGGACCGCAAGAUGCUCGCUGAGGCACAGCAAAUGCAAGACGACUCUAAGCUCAAGAUUGACUACAUCCGCAUGAUGAUGGCCCGACUGCGGCAGAACCAAGAUAGUCACACCAAGGAACCUGGGGAAGGCUGCUCGAACAACCACCUGGACAACACCACUGGAGGUAAGAUACCGGAAGUUAUGUCACCUGUUGAGCUGCAGAUAGAAGACCUCCGUCAUCGGCUCAAGGUAGAAUGUGCUGUUGUCGAAGGCGCGAAGAAUGUGCUCAAGCUAUGUCAGGCCGCCGGAAAAGUCACAGAUCGCAAAGUCUUCCAAGAGGCACAGAACAGUUUAGUUGAAUCGAGUGAGAAGCUCGAUUUGAUUCGCCGGUCACUGGAACUGAAGCGUGCCGAACUGUCACCAGGCAGUGCCAAGUGGCAAUUGCUCAAGCGUGAGUUGGAAUCUAGCCAGUUGGUGAACCCUUACUCACCAUCCAUAGUGCCACAUGGUCCCCGAACUGAGCAGCAGGGCUUGUCAGCAUCUCUGCUAAGCCCAUUGGCAGCCAGCCCAAGUGUUCCUCUCUCAAAGCCGGCUUCUGUCACGGGUCAGCUUCAAGUGAGACUGAUGGGCUGCCAGGGCUUGCUAGAAGAUGUUCCAGGACGUCUGCCUCGAGCACAAGUGGCAGGGAUGGGAGCUGAUCUGCGAAGCAGCCUUGUUCGGGCCACAGGUCGAGGCUUCUCAGGGCGCAACUCUUCUCGCUCCUACAGCAUAAAAGAAGAAACCUCUAAUGAAAUCAUGGCUGUUCUAAAGCUUGACAAUGUUCAUGUGGGCCAGACUACCUACAAACCAUGUAGUCAGCAAGCAUGGGACCAGAGGUUCACUGUAACCCUCGAUAGGUCCCGAGAACUGGAGAUCCAGAUAUACUGGAAAGAUUGGCGUGGCAUGUGUGCUGUAAAAUUUCUCCGGCUGGAAGAGUUCAUAGAUGAUGACAGGCAUGGCAUGGCUCUUCAUCUGGAACCCAAGGGACUUCUCUUUGCGGAGAUUAAGUUUGUGAACCCAAUGAUCUCAAGAAAACCUCGUCUACAGCGACAGCGAAAACUUUUCAUUCACAAAGGAAAGAACUUCCUCCGGCCAACACAAAUGAACAUCAACGUGGCUACUUGGGGUCGCUUGAUGAAGCGUGCUAUGCCUCCUGGCUGCUCUGACCACGUGACAACAGUCAGCCCCCCUGACGCACUUCUGUCUACAGCUCCUGUUCCCACACCUCCUGAGCUUGACAGUCUAGUGGUUACCAAGCUCAACUUUGAAGACGGCAAUGAAGCUGACACAUUGAGUCCAUUGUCGCCACUUCAGACAUCACUGGAAGUUGAUGUUCAGUCUGCACUCGGGGAGUUCGACUUUUUACAACAAGAGACGUCGCCAAUGGCGGUGGAGCAAAAGGCACAGCCUGCCUCGAACACAAUAACCAGUGGCCAUUCACCAAGUCCUGAGCCCAUAGUUGAACUGGCUCCUGACGAAGAGGAAGAAGUAAACAAACUUGGCGAGUCUCUGCAGGUUACAUCUACAACAACAGUCACUGUUGUUGAAAGUACCCAGGGAUCUUUGACUCUUGAUGAUUUUGAAUUUAUAAGUGUGCUGGGGCGAGGACACUUUGGAAAGGUCAUUCUGAGUAAGCACAAAGUAUCAGGCCAAUACUUUGCCAUUAAAGCUCUGAAAAAGGGCGAUAUUGUUGCUCGAGACGAGCUGGAAAGCCUUAUGGCGGAGAAACGAAUUUUUGAGGUGGCAAACUCUGUCCAACACCCAUUCCUUGUCAACUUAUUUGCCUGCUUCCAGACUGUGAAUCAUGUGUGCUUUGUGAUGGAGUAUGCCUGUGGAGGGGACCUGAUGAUGCACAUCCAUACCGACAUUUUCCCAGAGCCUAGAGCUGCCUUUUACGCUGCCUGUGUUGUUCUGGGGCUCCAAUUUCUUCAUGAAAAUCGCAUCAUCUACAGGGAUCUCAAGCUGGACAACUUAUUGCUUGAUGCUGAGGGUUACGUGAAGUUAGCUGAUUUUGGCCUGUGCAAAGAAGGCAUGGGCUAUGGAGACCGGACUGGCACCUUUUGUGGCACACCAGAGUUCUUGGCACCCGAGGUGUUGACCGAAACUUCAUACACUCGAGCUGUUGACUGGUGGGGCCUUGGUGUCCUAGUCUUUGAAAUGCUGGUGGGCGAGAGUCCUUUUCCUGGUGAUGAUGAAGAAGAAGUGUUUGACAGCAUUGUGCAUGAUGAAGUUCGAUAUCCACGUUUCCUCUCCAUAGAGGCUGUUGCCAUUAUGCGGAGGCUGUUGAGGAAAAACCCAGAAAGACGCCUUGGCACAAGUGAGAAAGAUGCAGAGGACGUCAAGAAGCAGGCCUUUUUCAGAAACAUUAACUGGGAACAUCUGCUUAUGAAAAAGCUGAAGCCCCCGUUUGUGCCUACUGUGAAAAGCCCCGAGGACGUCAGCAACUUUGAUGAAGAGUUCACAUGCGAGCAGGCAGUCCUGACAGCACCCAAGGAUCCCCGCCCUCUCACUCAAGAGGAGCAAGCACACUUCAAGGAUUUUACUUACACCAGCGGCUGGUGCUAAAGAGCUCCUCGUGCUUCUACCUGAACGUCUUUCCCUUGUCUUGCCGUAUCUUCCUGUCAUCAGGCAAACCCUAGAAGCAUGUGGUGCUUCUGUACCCCAGGAAAUAGCACUGAGCAUUUCUGGAAGAAAAGAAAGGAAAGUGGGCUUAAUGUGAAGAACUGCAGAGAUAUCUUUAGGGAUACUGCUAAAAACUGACAACUUUAGCGUUUAGGGACUGGUCGGUUGUGUGUGGCAUUAUUGCUUUGCAUUUUGUGAGCGCAUGCUGCCUGCCAGUGUGUUUUAACGCCCAACAUCAGUACUGUGCCUGUGUACUAGACAGGUUUAGCAUACGAUAUUCUCCCUUGAGUGCUCUGCAGGCAAAGUGUGUGGCAUUCUGCUUUGUUUUUUGCGAAGUAGGGCAGCUAACUGACAGGUGUAUUGUGAAUAUCUGCAGGAAAAUAAAGCUAGUGACUUCCUUCACUGCUUCCUGAUGGUGUAAGGGGCCCAUGUAAAGGCUAGCUUGACCUGCUGAGCAACAGAGCAAAUGAGUGCUACUGUUACCCUUUCCUUCAUAGAAACUACAACUUGUAGAAAGGUGUUCCUGGUCAUGUUGCUUAAGAGUCAUAGCUUGCACAAUUGCACUUACCGGUGUGUUGCAAGUCUUGUGACAGUACUUGGCCCUACUUUGAUAUUUGUCGCACCUUCAUGAUCUCGUGUGUCAUGCCUGCUGUGGCUGUGUCCUUGAUUUUGUGUGUAAUAACUGUCAAUUAGCUAUUGCGUUACUGGUCUUGUUUUUUGAAUGUUUGUCACUGCUGCGUGUUGCACUUCAGGUCACACACAUAAACACACACACACACACACACACACACACACUGCAUGUAUAUCCAUAGCGAGCCAUAAGCACUUCCUUGCUGCUUUCACAAGAAUUUCACACAGCCCUUAUGAGCUGUCGCAUGCAAGAUUCUUAAAAGUAAUGGUUGAGUUGUCACAUUGCAAGAUUUGUGCUUGAAAUGAAACAAUUGUGAAUUUCCCUGCGUUGGCUGGCUACACAUGCUGCUGCCUGAAUAUGCAGCUCCAACUUUUCAUCUUCAAGCAUUGCUUGCUUGAGCUGCUUGCAGAGCCAGCUAGCCUUCCUCCAUACAUUUAGUCACUGUUAUGUCAGGCUUCACAGCCUGUUGCAUUAAUAGGCUAGUGAGGUUUGUUCAUGUAGAACUUCGCUGCACAGUGAAGUCGCACCACUUAUUGAAAUUCUUUAUUGAGAAGUGUGAACUUUGCUAACACAGUGGCAACACUGGCAGAAUCUCGAAAGUUAAUCGCUUCUUGUUGUGCUAUCAAAUUUAAAUUGUAUACUCCCAUACAGCGGGAUAUGGGUGUUGGAAGUUGUGCAGUAAUGCAACUUUUGUGCCUUUUCUUUUCUUUGCACAUUGAGUACAAACUGGUAGCAUGUUCAGAUAGGACAAGUGACCUCCCUGUUUGCUCAUUGCAUUGAAACAAAUUGAAGGGGCCAGGCUUGCAACCAUAGCCAACACCUUUGAUGUGUGCCUUUUUUAAAGUGCUUUGGAAACAAACGUGCUCAAGCAGUAUGAAAAAAAAAAGGAGGGUUAUGCUCGUGGGUAUUUUGUGCAAAGAGAGCAUUUAAUAAGCCUGUUACUUGAGCCUAUGUAACGGGCCUUAACUUAUGCUUCUGUACUGCCUGUAGCCUCAUUCACAGUGGGAGGCAUGCUGUUCUUUUGCUGGCAAUUUUGUUUGGUCCUUUGUGAAGGGUGCUCGAGCCAAAUUUUGCCAAAGUUUUGACAUAUUUACGUGUGCUAUAGGAAGGUCCAACUGAAAACCUGCUCUUAAUCCACUCUCUGGAGCAAACCAAACAACUUUUUGAUGAACGAUGAAACAAUAAUCUGUUUACUUGCUUGAUUUUUCAAGCUUAAUUAUAAAAAGAUAAAUGAACUUGCAAAGCACUCUAGGAAAUGUCAUGGUUCAACAGUAAUCCAGAAGGGAAAAACUGGGCUAGUUGGUAUAUGUUGAAUAUGAUACAAUAACUGAGCGAACUACACAGUGCAUAGGACAACAGACUGGAUAAGCACUGAGCCAAUCUGUUCCUUUUUUUUUCUGUGUUGUGUAAUUAGCACUGUUCUUGUGUCAUGAUCAGCAGUAUCUAACUACUAACCGUAAAGUUACUUUUACUGUGCUUUAAAGCCAAUUAUAUUUUUUUAAUGUGAUGGCCCGCUUGCAUGCGUUUUCAGUCGUGUAGCAUGUGAACAAACUGCACUUUAAGCUAGUGCGGGGCCAGUAAGAAAGUGACCGGGGAGUGAUUUCAGUUUCUUCAUUGUGCUUAUUGCCAUCAUUAACAGCUGUUCCCUGCUUUAUGUAGUGCAGUUAAGAUAAAUUGCUGGUGUGAAUUUGGAAGCAUAUUACUAAAUAACUGUCCUGUUGCUUUGCUGUUGGCAGCACUCUAUGAAGGAGCUGUUCUUCAUUGCAUGACUCAUUUGGAGCACAAUUAUCGCACCGUACAAAUGCAUUGUCCUGUGCUUGCUUUACACCAACAAAAAAAUUGCAAUCGGUUUGGAAUUAAAUACUACUGAAUAGGACAUUUGGUAUGCUCUACAACAACUUGAAAAGAUUUAGGCUUGCGGAGUUUUAAAUUACUGUCUUAUGAAACUAAAUGUAGUGCAUUGAAACUGUGGCUUAAGUUGCGACGCCCUGUACAUAGUUCUAAGUUUGACAGCUGUAGAAACAUGGGUUGUUGAGAAUUCUUUAGUGAGAGCAUCCCUGCUUCCUGCUCAAACUUUGGCACUGCUUCAAGUCAUUUCUAUAAAACGUGCACCUUAAAUACUCAUGAUAGGCAGCACUGCAGCUAGCUGUUAUAGUUUAUGCACUGUCUCGGUACAGAUGGCACUGUGCUGCCUUUCUUCUUUCUCUGUAGCAGUGUUUUUGUCUCAGGAUCAGCAACUGUUGUUGUUCUUUUUUGGUCAAGGGAAUGAACAUUGCCUUUCUUCUUCACUGUUACACCAGUAUUUAUGACAAAUGCAUAGUUGCCUGUUGCACAAGCCUUACAAAAGCUGCUUCUGCCUUUCUGUACUUCAUAUUGUGUACUGUCUCUGUUCUGUCUUGCACAUCCGCGAGUGUCUUCCCUUAUUGCAAUAAUGUUCUCAUGAAAUAUUGAAUUUGCUUUAUUUGCUUAAGCUAUCUUGUUUGCACAAUUAUGACAAGAUUCUUCACUUUUGAUCACAUAGGCAACCAGAAGCACCCAGGCAAAAAUUAGCAUUUGUGUUGGCACAAACCACUGCAUGGCAUAAUUUAUCAAGAAAGGCAACUUCUUGGUGUCUAAUAGAAUUCCCCCUUAGGGGAGGGCAUGCAGUCAACAUAAACAAGAGCGCAACAAAUUUGGUGGCUAAUAUGAUUAAGAUUUCAAAUAGCCUAGUCCAAAAUUCUGAUCAUGCCCCACAGUCUCCAUGCGAGGCCUACCUGCAGAAACAAAACUACCCGGUACACAUUUGCCUAACCUCUUAGGGAACUGCCUAAGAUUGCUAACCUAAGAGGUUAGGAAUCGUAGGGAUUAUUUACCACGAGGGGCUUCUGCAAAAGUCUGCAGCAUCACUGUAGUGUAUAUUGACUAUAGCAGCUAUGGUCAUAGUAGGCAUCUGCAGUUAGCUUUUACUUUUUCACUCGCUUGCAAAAAGUCUGCCUUAGCUAAUACAUCUACUGUCAUGUUAUAGUCGUGCAAAUAUGGUGGUUUACUUGUAUUGCAGUCUCCUUGUUUAAACCAGAGUUUACCAUUUGGAUCAUGAAUGUCAUGCUAGUUCUUUGAGCAUGAGUGUUAAGUUAAAAAAGAACUUAUCCAUUCAGUGACCAGACUGCUGCCACAGCAUUAAGCAGCUUUUUCCUUUUGUUUGUGUUAGGCUUUAGUUUGCUCAUUUGACUAUGAUUUUCUCAAUGUAAAGUCAACCUUUUUGUGUCUAGUAAUGCCUAUUUCUAGUUCAUUUUGAUGUGUUUUUGAGCUUAACAUAGUACACUUUUGAUCUUCAUACAUUGCCGAAAUUUCAGACAGUUGUCUGUUCAAAGAGGGUGCAGCAGCAAAGGCCUUCAGUGUAUUUUAUGUUGCCCUUGUUACUUUGUCUGUUCAAAGAGGGUGCAGCAGCAAAGGCCUUCAGUGUAUUUUAUGUUGCCCUUGUUACUGUGAGGAAAAAAAAAUGUAGUGAAAUUUUUGUAAGCACAUCAUAUUUAAAAAUGUCAGAAAUGCACAUUGGUACAUACUUUACGAGACAUAGGCUGAGCCUUAGUUUCUGCUUUUGUUGCUGCUGUACACAGCUCUUACUUCAGGGGGAAAAGGAACUAAAAUGUGUUUAUCUCAGUUUGCAUAUAAUGUUGAUAUUCUUUUGUAUUCAUUGUGAAGUGCAGAUGAAAGGUUUUACAGAUUUCAAAUGUUUGUCACCAAAGAAUAUAACAUAAAAGUAAGAAGUGCACCAAGCUGCUGUACCCUCAUGAGAGGUUCAGUCUUUGUUUGUGCAUAUGUGCAGGACUUUUUUUGCUGCCUAACAUGCAAGUUCCGUUGACUGCUAAGAGGCCUAGCAUGUGGCAGAGAGUCGAAUGGCAACCCACACUGUUCAAUCAAGUCAGAUUACCGGCGUAAUGGAGAUGCAAGUCUAGAACAGAUGCAUUUUUUUGCCAGACAUCUCGCAGUUUUGUAUGGGGAGCUUCCUCCCACUUAUUUUUUUGUUUGCAUUUUGCAAACAAGAUAUUGCACAUCUUGCAAGAAGGAUUUUCUGGGUGCCAACUGUUUUUACACGAUAUCAACAGCAUUCAGGUUGGCCAGUUUUUAUUGUGCUUUUAGAAAGCAUGUUGCACUUAUUCAUUUUGUGGAACCUUGCAAUUUUUUAUAUGAGGCAAGGUUGGUUGUACAGAUGCUUCAAAAACACUGAAAUGUGUGUUAGUCAAGACAACAAGGUUGUUCUUGACUGUGUUGAUUACUGGUCUUCCGUUUUAUUACAGGAUGGGUAGGUGUACUUGUAUAUAUGUUUGAGUGUACUGUUACUAAAUAAAUUAAUUGGAAUGA